GGAGCUCCUCCUCUUCCUCUGACUGUAAACUGGAUGUAAACUUACCGAAAAUCUGACUCAGACAGUUUAGCCUCCAGGCAGCCCGACGACAGCUUCAACAGCGAGGAGACCCUGACCGUCUGCUGCCCUCUCUCUCAGCCUUGCUGCCAUUAUUUAAAGUUUAAAGGGUUUUUCAGCAAGGAUCAUGCCCCCAAAGAGACGAGCUGCCACUGCUGCCAAGGCAGCCAAGGCAGGAAGCAAGAAGGCGAAAAAGGAGCCUGAGGCACCGAAGCCCAAAGAUGCCUUCACCUCUGCAAAAGAGGCCCUUCUGGCUGCAGGGCCACAGGUGAAAGGCAAGAGGAAGGUGGAUGAGCACUGCUCACUGUCAAACUCCGGAGAGGUUUAUGAGGACUAUGACUGCAUGCUCAACCAGACCAACAUUGGGCAUAACAAUAAUAAGUUUUAUGUCAUUCAAGUUGUUAAACAAAGUAACAGCUACUAUUCAUGGAACAGAUGGGGUAGAGUGGGGGAAAUGGGACAAAGCAAACUUGUUAAUUGUGGUAAUGCUGAGGCUGCUGUCAAGGACUUUGAGAAAAAGUUUAAGGAUAAGACCAAGAACAACUGGAGCGAUCGGGCGAAUUUUGUGUCUCACUCUGGGAAGUACACCCUGAUCGAGGUGGAUGGAGAUGAGAACGCAGAGGUCAAGGUGGACGUGGUCGAUGGAAAGAAUGUCAAAGUUACCAAAAAUGUCGAAGCUUGUACCCUGGACAAAUCUACGCAGAGGCUCAUCGGGCUCAUUUUCAGCAAUGACAUGUUCAAGGAGGCGAUGGAAUGUAUGAACCUAGACAUCAAGAAGAUGCCUUUGGGCAUGCUCAGCAAGGUUCAGAUUGCAAAGGGCUUUGAAGUGCUGGAGGAGAUCGAGGAAGCCAUGAACAAGAAAAGCAAACACUCACGUCUGGAAGAACUUUCCUCAAAGUUCUUCACCACAAUCCCACACAACUUUGGCCGGAGCAGACCACCAGUCAUCGACAACGCAGAGAUUGUGGAGAAAAAAAAAGAGAUGCUCAUGGUGCUGGCUGACAUCGAGGUUGCUCAGACUCUGAAGUCAGAGACUGAAAAGGCUCAGGAAGAGAUGAUAGAGACAGUUCCUCACCCUCUGGACCAGGACUACACCUCUCUCAAAUGCAGGCUCAGUCUAAUGGACAAGGGCACAGAAACAUUCAAGAUCAUAGAAAAAUACCUGAAAGAGACUGGAGGUGACUAUCGUAAACCAAAAAUUAUUGAUGUUUGGGAAGUCGAUCGAGAGGCGGAGGGAGAUCGGUUUAGCGAACAUGGCGGCCUGGAGAACCGCCGUCUGCUGUGGCACGGUACAAACAUAGCAGUGGUGGCAGCUAUCCUGAAGAGCGGCCUGAGGAUAAUGCCCCAUUCAGGAGGCCGUGUCGGUCGUGGUAUCUAUUUUGCAUCGGAAAACUCCAAGUCUGCAGGUUACGUGAGCACCUCUAAAACUACCGGAGUGAUGUUUCUGAACGAGGUCGCCCUCGGCAGACAACAUAACAUCACUAGAGAUAAUAGCUCCUUGAAGAAGGCCCCUCAAGGCUUUGAUAGUGUGGUGGCACGAGGAUCAGUGGAGCCAGAUCCAUCCAAGGACGUCAUCAUCACUUUGGAGGGCAAGGAGGUUGCUGUGCCUCAGGGUAAGCCCAUAGACCAGCCACAGUUCUCAAAUAGCUCCUUCUGCAACAGUGAAUAUCUCAUCUACAGAGAGAGCCAGUGUCGCAUUCGCUACCUGCUGGAGCUUAAAAUGUAUUAAUAACUCAGGGAAAGACGCAAGUCCUCUGAAAGAGAAAACUUUUGUCAUUCCCUCUAUAUAAUGGGCUUCCGAAAAAGCUUGGCUAGGCUGUUUUCUUAGAAUAAUACAUAUUAUCUUUGUUAUUAUUGUUAUUGUUCAUAUGUCCCUAUCAUGAUUCAUACAUGACUUCUCUGUGCCUUAUAUUUUGCACACUGUUAAAUUGGCCACAGUGUGAUAGACUGCACUUCCGUUAUAACGCAUUCUGACUCACUGUUUUAACAUUUUUUACCAGAAAAUGAAACAUUACUAUUCUCUUGUUCUAGAUAUUUGCACUGUUUUAUUUUGAAAUUACUUGCUGCACCUUAAGUUCUAUUUCGCUUCUCUUUUCUGGCUUGAGUAGCGUACCUUUUAAUUAUUGCACUUUUUAGUCCAAGUAGUAACUCUUAUAUAAACUUGCUCCUCAGAGAGAAAAUAAUAUGUUGUAUCUUGGAUAUGUAGAAGGGCUUUUUGGCAUGCUUUUUGCAGUUUUAACUAUACAGUAGAGCAUAAGUGAAAUAUGAUACUUUAUGAAUGGAUAAUGUAUGUUUACAGACAGAAGUAUAAAGUGCAAUUUGCGGCUAAUGUUCAAGCACUGUUACAAAUCUAAUAUUUGAAAAAACACUGAAAGUGCAUCUGCUAUGCAAAGUAAUGUAAGAAGAAAAUCAUGAAUACAGUAGGUCUUCUAGCUAUGCUACAAAUGCUAACAUAUGGUGUCUGUAAUGAGUAAGUCCCUUUGGAAUGUAAUGGCCUCAGCAUUUUUGCACUAAGACAUUAGUUGAACCAAUGAUUAAUGAAUAAACUGAAGUGCCCCUCUGA